UGAAAAAGAGGAAGCGAAUUUAUUCUGAAAUUUCCAAUUUUCGAUCAGCUGCGACGGGGAGACCAAGCGAAGGCAAACGUUCUUAGUCUCAGAUCCAAACUUCAUUUUUUUUCUGUUUGAUUCUCGAGAGAGAGAGAGAGAGAGAGACAAAGAGAGAGAAAAUGGAAAGAACAGAGAAGUUCUUAGAUAACUUGCCGUCGAUGGAUCUGAUGCGGUCGGAGAAAAUGACGCUUGUUCAACUAAUUAUUCCCGUCGAGUCAGCUCACCGAGCCAUUUCUUAUCUCGGGGAAAUCGGUCUCCUCCAGUUCCGUGAUCUAAACUCUGAGAAAAGUCCUUUCCAACGAACCUUUGUUAAUCAGGUGAAGCGUUGUGGAGAAAUGUCAAGAAAGCUACGCUUUUUCAAAGAUCAAAUUAGUAAAGCUGGUCUACUAUCUUCAGUACACCCUGUUGUGGAGCCAGAUCUAGAAUUGGAAGAAUUAGAGAUACAACUUGCCGAACAUGAGCAUGAACUAAUUGAAAUGAACGCCAACAGUGAAAAACUUCAACAAACAUACAAUGAGCUCCUUGAGUUCAAGUUGGUUUUGCAAAAGGCAUGUGGUUUUCUUUUGCCAAGUAGUGACCAUGAAGGUACUGCGGAAAGGGAAUUAAGUGAGAAUGUAUUCUCUAAUAAUGAUUAUGUUGAGACAUCAUCAUUACUUGAGCAGGAAAUGAGGCCUGCAGACCAAUCUGGUUUAAGAUUCGUAAGUGGAAUUAUUUGCAAGUCCAAGGCUCUUAGAUUUGAGAGGAUGUUAUUUCGUGCUACUAGAGGCAAUAUGCUUUUUAAUCAGGCACCGGCCAGUGAAGAAAUUAUGGAUCCUCUAACUGGUGAAAUGGUUGAGAAAACAGUAUUUGUAGUUCAUUUUUCUGGGGAACAGGCAAGGACAAAGAUUUUGAAAAUUUGUGAAGCAUUUGCUGCUAAUUGCUACCCUGUUCCUGAUGACAUUACUAAACAAAGGCAAAUAACUAGAGAAGUCUCGUCACAUCUUUCUGACUUGGAGACCACAUUGGAUACUGGUAUUCGCCAUCGAAAUAAAGCUCUGACUUCAAUUGGUUACCAUCUAACACAAUGGAUGGGCAUGGUACGAAGGGAGAAAGCUGUAUAUGAUACAUUGAAUAUGUUGAACUUUGAUGUUACUAAAAAAUGUCUUGUUGGGGAGGGAUGGUGCCCUAUAUUUGCAAAAGCUCAGAUUCAAGAAGCACUGCAACGGGCAACAUUUGAUAGCAAUUCGCAACUAGGUAUAAUUUUUCAUGUGAUGGAUGCUGUGGAAUCACCUCCUACAUAUUUCAGAACAAACCAUUUCACAAAUGCUUAUCAGGAAAUUGUCGAUGCAUAUGGUGUUGCUAGAUAUCAGGAGGCAAAUCCUGCAGUUUACACUGUGGUUACUUUUCCAUUUCUUUUCGCGGUGAUGUUUGGUGAUUGGGGUCAUGGAAUAUGCUUGUUAUUGGGAGCAUUGGUCCUCAUCACUCGAGAAAGCAGGCUCAGCACUCAGAAGCUUGGAAGCUUUAUGGAAAUGCUGUUUGGAGGACGCUAUGUACUCCUUUUAAUGUCACUUUUUUCAAUUUAUUGUGGGUUAAUUUACAACGAAUUCUUCUCUGUUCCCUUUCACAUAUUUGGUGGUUCUGCUUACAAAUGCCGAGAUGCUACUUGCAGUGAUGCUCAGACUGCUGGUUUAGUUAAAUUUCGUGAUCCAUACCCAUUUGGUGUGGAUCCAAGUUGGCGUGGAAGUCGUUCAGAGUUGCCUUUUCUCAACUCUCUUAAAAUGAAGAUGUCAAUUUUGCUUGGUGUGGCCCAGAUGAACUUAGGAAUUAUAUUAAGUUAUUUCAAUGCACGUUUUUUCCGCAACUCCUUGGAUAUUAGGUAUCAGUUUGUGCCACAGAUGAUAUUUCUCAACUCCCUUUUUGGGUAUCUUUCAUUGCUCAUUAUAAUUAAGUGGUGCACUGGUUCUCAAGCGGACCUUUACCAUGUGAUGAUCUAUAUGUUUUUGAGUCCCACCGAUGAUCUUGGUGAUAAUGAGUUGUUUUGGGGCCAAAGAGCACUUCAGAUUGUAUUGCUUCUUCUGGCAUUAGUUGCGGUCCCAUGGAUGCUCUUUCCUAAACCUUUUAUUUUGAAGAAGCUUAAUUCUGAGAGAUUUCAAGGUCGCACCUAUGGCUUGCUUGGUACAUCCGAGUUUGAUCUUGAUGUGGAACCUGAUUCUGCACGUCAACAUCAUGAGGAGUUCAACUUUAGUGAGGUUUUUGUGCACCAAAUGAUACACUCCAUCGAGUUUGUUCUGGGUGCUGUCUCUAACACGGCAUCGUAUCUUCGACUUUGGGCUUUGAGUUUGGCGCACUCUGAAUUAUCAACUGUUUUCUACGAGAAAGUCCUACUACUUGCAUGGGGGUACGACAGCUUCAUCAUUCGAUUAGUUGGGCUUGCGGUGUUUGCUUUCGCAACUGCUUUCAUACUGCUCAUGAUGGAGACCCUCAGUGCUUUCCUUCACGCCCUGCGUCUUCACUGGGUGGAAUUUCAGAACAAAUUCUACCACGGUGAUGGGUACAAGUUCAAACCUCUCUCAUUUGCUUUGAUAACAGACGACGAUGAUUAGUUAAUUAAAACCAUAAUCCUUGCAUAUUGAUUUUUCGGAUAUUAAGUAUGCAAGUGAAGAAAAGAUGAAUAGAAGCCACAAGAAAAUGGAUAAAUUGGUCGACUGGCUAGGGUUUGCUCUUCUCAUCCCAGCUUUUUUGUGUUUUACACAAAUUAUACAAUUGGAAUUCGAAAUCCCAGCACCUGUGUUUCCUUUUUAU